AUGCCAGGUGAAUUUGAACCCCACGUUGGCUGUUGAAUGGUCUUUCCCGAGCGUCUGGACACUUGGCGCUCUAACGCCGCGCCGGCCCAAGCAACUUACGCCAAGGUCGCCAACGCCAUUAACCGCUUUGAACCAGUCACGAUGGUUGUCAGUCGCGCGACGGAAAAAAUCGCCCGUCGCCUCCUAGACCCAAAAAUCCGCGUCUUGGUUUAUCCGUCUGACGAUUCUUGGAUGCGCGACAUCGGACCCACGUUUGUCCGCAACAAGGACGGCGAAGUGCGCGGAGUCGACUGGAUUUUUAACGCCUGGGGUGGCGAGGCUUACGAUUCGUGAGACCAAGACGACUUAAUGGCUAAAAACGUUUUAGAUUACCUCAAAAUUGAUCGCUACCGAGCCCCGCUUAUAUUAGAAGGUGGUUCGAUUCAUUCCGACGGAGAGGGCACGAUUUACACGACCGAAGAAUGUUUGCUCAAUCCCAACCGCAACCCCAACUUAACUAAGCAGCAAAUUGAGAACUACCUUAAGCAGUACCUAGGCGCUGAAAAAGUGAUUUGGUUGCCCUGGGGUGUUUUUAAAGACGAAACCAGCGGUCACGUCGAUAACAUUUGCUGCGUGAUUAAACCCGGCCGAGUGUUCUUAGGCUGGUCAGACGAUCCUAACGACCCUCAGUACCAGCGCAGUCACGCCGAUUACGAGUAUUUAAGCAAAGUUACCGACGCCCGCGGACGCAAAAUCGAAGUCGUCAAAAUGCCGAUGCCAACCCAUCCGCUUUACCGCACCAAGGAGCAGGCGAUUGAAUCAAGUGCGACGCGGUUUGCCAAAGCCCGGCCAGUUGGCGAAAGGUUAGCGGCUAGUUACGUUAACUUUUACAUUGCUAACGGCGGAAUCGUGAUGCCAACCUUUGGCCUGCCGAGCGACCAGGUCGCUCAAAAACUAAUUGGGCGUGAAUUUCCCGGCCGCAAAGUAGUUCCGAUUCCCUCAAUUGAAGUUUUGCUCGGUGGCGGAAACUUCCACUGCAUCACUCAGCAGGAAAUCAAGACACCGCUUCACAAAGAUUAA